AUGAUCAAGACUUCUCAUUUUUUAAGCCAGUUAGAGUGUCCAACUGAUCACACAAUGACGCCAAUUCGUGAUUAUAAAAAUGAUUAUUUUCAUUUACAUGAUGAUAAAUUACCAAAACAGAAUAGAUUUCAAAUACGAAAUCAUCCUUCAAUGGCUAACCGUAAUAACGAUAAAUAUAAAUUCAAAAGACCUGCAAGUCUACAUUUGGAUGAUAUGAGCCCAAGUAAUCUUAAGAAACAAUAUUCCCCUUUAAACAUUGAUACUUUUAAACAUUCACUGAAUAUUCGAUCAACGACAACACCAACAAAACCAUACGUUGGGAAGAAAUUUUUUGAGGUAAUAAAGGAACUCUAUAGUUUAGAAUUAGAAUAUGCAGAAUCUUUAGAGAUUGCAAACACUGUUUAUCGACAAAAAAUGAAUGGAAAUAGACUAUACAGAAAUCAAAUCAUAGAAGAAGGGUCUAAUGAUGAGAUGCUAUUGUUCGGUAAUCUUGAAACAAUAUCCUCAAUCAGCCGUCUAUUUACAAAGAACUUGGAAAGGCUGUUUUCCCAAUACGCCUCUAAUACUGCAUUUUCUGAAACAAAUGUAUGGGAUGAUAUCAAUAAGAAUUCAGUCAUCCAAGAAAAAGUAUAUUCUAAUUUCAACAUUGGUGAAUUGUUUAAUUUGCAUUAUCUAAGAUUAAAGUCGACAUAUCUAAGCUAUUGUGUUUCCCAUAGAAGGCAAAUGGAAUUAUUUGAUUUUAUUAAGGUAGGGAACAGAAAAGUUUUCCAAGACUGGUAUGAAUGUUGCCUUAUCGAAUCAAAUUUUUUAAAGUUAGAAGAUAUCUUCACAAUGCCUUUAAAAAGGUUAAGGUGUCUAGUAAAGAUUUUAAACACAUUACUUGAAGAAGCUCCUAAUGUUAUCAAGGAAGACCUGAUUUUAAUACUGAAAAAGUCCAAAAUUCAAUUUGAAGAGUUUCUAAAUUAUGUUGAAGAAGAAAUUAACAUAUACGAUGAAAAUAAAAUGUAUGAUUUUAGCCUGACACCUAUAGAAAUAAUCCAAAACUAUGGAGAUAACGAAGAUCAAGACUUUGAGAGAGAAUCAGAGACCCUCCACGAAAAUCCAGAGCCGGUAAAUUAUUUAGAAGUUCCCAUGCCUAUAUCACCAGCCAAUUCAGGUAGUUCAAGUAGAUAUUCUGGUGAUCCAAGUGUAUACAGUAGACAAAGCAAGAAUCCUAGUUUCAGAACAAGUUCAGAACAUAGCUAUUUUAAGCCCCAAAUCAGACAGAGCAUGCCCAUUAAUUCAGUACCACCAGGUUUAUCCUUAUCAGAUCAUAUCGGUAAGUUCAAAAAAAUCUAUAAAGAUAUCAUUCGUUUAGAAAAAGCUAUUAAUGAAACAAAUUAUUUUAGGAUUAUUGAAAAUAAUAUGAAUAUUGUAAAUAGUUGGGGAGGGGUAAUUUAUUUUGAACAAGAACCAUCUUAUAGCAGGAAUAUUGAAGACGGGAAAUCGAUGGAGAAUAUUGAUAUAUAUGAAUCUAAAUGUUAUCUGAAAUUGCAAAUGCUGAUGAGACAAAAAGAAGAAAUUGGAAAUUGGAAAGAAGUAGACUUGAAAUAUAAAGUUAUGGAACCAAUUAGAGCUAUGAUAGACAAAUGUCAAUUAGUGAGAAGACAAUUGAAAGAUCUUCAAAUAUUGAAAAAAGAUUAUGCAAUUUACUUGAAGGAGAGAAAAAAUAAGAUACACGAUGUGAAACGUGAAGUUAUCGCUAAACAUUUUGAGAAUGUUCAGCAAAAAAUAGUGGUCGAAUUACCAAAAUUUAUUAAUUUGAUUAGCAAAACAUUUGACUUAAUACUUGUUAACCAUACAGGUGUUAUGUUAAAAUAUUAUGAAAUAUUAAGUGGUGGACCAGAAUCUCUUCGAAAAGAUAUAAUAGAAGCUGGCAUCGAUCAAAUAGAUUCAACAGGAUCGGUAGCCAAUUUACCAAAUCUAGAUAUAUUACAAGAGUACUCUAACAAUAGAUAUCUCUGUAAGAAAGCAAUACGUGAGAAUUGGCAGUACAGAGGUUCUGCAACAUCUAGUAAGGUGGUACGUAGAUUAUUUGAACUUUAG